CUCACUGGCAUUUGCCACAAUGAAAAGAAUGAAGUCAUGAGCAGCCAGCUGGACAUUGACAACAUGGCAGGCGUCUUCUACAUGUUGGGGGCAGCCAUGGCACUCAGCCUCAUCACCUUCAUCUGCGAACACCUCUUCUAUUGGCAGUUCCGGCAUUGCUUUAUGGGUGUCUGUUCUGGCAAGCCUGGCAUGGUCUUCUCCAUCAGCAGAGGUAUCUACAGCUGCAUCCAUGGAGUGGCUAUCGAGGAGCGCCAGUCCGUGAUGAACUCCCCCACUGCGACCAUGAACAACACACACUCCAACAUCCUGCGCCUGCUCCGCACGGCCAAGAACAUGGCCAACCUGUCCGGUGUGAACGGCUCCCCGCAGAGCGCCCUGGACUUCAUCCGACGCGAGUCCUCUGUCUAUGACAUCUCGGAGCACCGCCGAAGCUUCACCCACUCAGACUGCAAAUCCUACAACAACCCGCCAUGCGAGGAGAACCUCUUCAGUGACUACAUCAGUGAGGUGGAGAGAACUUUUGGUAACCUGCAGUUAAAGGACAGCAAUGUGUACCAAGAUCACUACCACCACCACCACCGGCCCCACAGCAUCGGCAGUGCCAGCUCCAUCGAUGGGCUCUACGACUGUGACAACCCACCUUUCACCACCCAGCCGAGGUCCAUCAGCAAGAAGCCCCUGGACAUUGGCCUCCCCUCCUCCAAACACAGCCAGCUCAGUGACCUGUAUGGCAAAUUCUCCUUCAAGAGCGACCGCUACAGUGGCCACGAUGACUUGAUCCGAUCCGACGUGUCCGACAUAUCCACCCACACGGUCACCUACGGAAACAUCGAGGGCAACGCCGCUAAGCGGCGUAAGCAGCAGUAUAAAGACAGCCUGAAGAAGCGGCCGGCCUCGGCCAAGUCCCGCCGGGAGUUUGACGAGAUCGAGCUGGCCUACCGCCGCCGGCCACCCCGCUCCCCCGACCACAAGCGCUACUUCAGGGACAAGGAAGGGCUGCGGGACUUCUACCUGGACCAGUUCCGCACCAAGGAGAACUCCCAGCACUGGGAGCACGUGGACCUGACGGAUAUCUACAAGGAGCAGAGCGAUGACUUUAAGCGCGACUCGGUCAGCGGAGGAGGGCCCUGUACCAACAGGUCUCACCUCAAACACGGAGCGGGCGACAAACACAGCGUGGUCGGCGGAGUCCCAGCACCCUGGGAGAAGAACCUGACCAAUGUGGACUGGGAGGACCGCUCUGGCGGUGGCGGCAACUUCUGCCGCAGCUGCCCGUCUAAGCUACACAACUACUCGGCGGCAGCGGCCGGCCAGAACUCGGCCAGGCAGGCGUGCAUCCGCUGCGAGGCCUGCAAGAAGGCCGGUAACCUGUAUGACAUCAGCGAGGACAACUCCCUGCAGGAGCUGGACCAGCCGGCUGCCCCCGUGGCUGUGACGUCAAAUGCCUCCACCACCAAGUACCCCCAGAGCCCGACUAACUCCAAGGCGCAGAAGAAGACCCGGAACAAACUGCGCCGGCAGCACUCCUACGACACCUUCGUGGACCUGCAGAAGGAAGAAGCAGCCUUGGCCCCGCGCAGCGUGAGCCUGAAAGACAAGGGCCGCUUCAUGGAUGGGAGUCCCUAUGCCCACAUGUUUGAGAUGCCAGCUGGCGAGAGCACCUUUGCCAACAACAAGUCCUCAGUGCCCACUGCCGGACACCACCACCACAACAAUCCUGGCGGCGGCGGCGGCUACAUGCUCAGCAAGUCGCUCUACCCUGACCGGGUCACGCAAAACCCUUUCAUCCCCACUUUCGGGGACGACCAGUGCUUGCUCCAUGGCAGCAAAUCCUACUUCUUCAGGCAGCCCACGGUGGCGGGGGCGCCGAAAGCCAGGCCAGACUUCCGGGCCCUUGUCACCAACAAGCCGGUGGUCUCGGCCCUUCACGGGGCUGUGCCAGGCCGUUUCCAGAAAGACAUCUGUAUAGGGAACCAGUCCAACCCCUGUGUGCCUAACAACAAAAACCCCAGGGCUUUCAAUGGCUCCAGCAAUGGGCAUGUUUAUGAGAAACUUUCUAGUAUUGAGUCUGAUGUCUGAGUGAGGGAAGAAAGAGGUUUUAAGGCUGGCAGCCAGAGAGCCCCGGGUCUGUUUGGAAGCUUGACGGCAGGAUCUCCAUGUUGCACACAGGACACAUAAACCAGAAAGGUGCUCAUCCUCCUCUGGAAGGAAGCUGCCAUGCCUCUUCAAGUCACACCCUCCAGGGCUGCUCUUUGCCUUCCUGUUUGCCCUGACUCACUACCCUUCCUCCUUCCCUGCCCUUGACUGCUGUCCCCUGUCCUCCUCCUUGAUUUUUUACCUCAGUAUCUUUCAUUUUGAAGCCAACUGAAGGCCUUGUAAAGCGAUGUUUUCUUUCUAAAAUGAACCUGGGGGCAAGGGGCUGAACCUCUCACAGAUUUGGAGAGAGGAGUACGGAGUGCUUUACCUUAGAUUCAAGGAAAGACUUUGAGAGAGAGGACAGAGGGCGUGAGGCAUCUCCAGGAGGAAGAAGGAGAAGGGCCAUAUAAACAUUGCUUCACCCUGACUCUCUCUGAGGUCAGGGGCUCCUCCCCUCACUCUUCCUCUUACCUCACCCCUUUCAAAUAAAAACCAAACCAACUAACCUAGCGAACAGCAAUCUAGAACAAAGGGGGCUCUGUCGGUCUCCACUGGUGACAGAAA